CCCGAGAAAAAUCCGCCCAAAUUGGUGCUUAAUAGACUUAAUCAUCAAAGAAGAAUAUCCUCAAGCCAAAUCCAUGAUAUGUAGCAUUCAAAAUCCAAGAAAAUUCAAAGGUUUUGCUCAAUUUUAUUGUACCUGUGGAAGGAACGCUGCAAUCAUAAGUUUAACAAUCGGAAGCUGGAGGAGGAGGAGAUCAUUCCUCGAGCUCUGGGGUGGCUUUCGGCUUUCUUGGCUGCUCAAGAUUCUCCGAACCCUAGCCCUGGGGUUGUCUCGGUCGGCGACCGCUCGAAUCAGGACUGUCGUUGGAUCCCGCCACCGGAGGGUUUCUAUAAAUUGAACUCUGAUGCUGGGAUAAUCAAAGGUCGCGGGAUUGGGCUGGGCUGUAUCUUUUGUGAUUGGCGAGGAAGGUUUGUUGGGGCAAUGGCGAAGAAGGUGAAGGGCGUUUGCAGAACUAUCGAAGUAGAGGCUAGAGCUCUGGUCAUGGGCUUGAGGGAGGCAAAUCGGAGAGAGCUCAGCCCCCUAAUUGUUGAAAUGGAUUGUCAGGUUUUGGUAAAUCAAUUGAAGAAGGGAGAGGAAGAUUGUACCGAGCUGGGUUUAUGGUGUGAGGAGCUGAAGGUUUUGGCUAGAGUGAAUGAAUCUUUGUCGGGAAGAGAAGUGAAGUGGGAGUUUAGAUCUAGAAAAUCGAAUGUUGUGGUCCACUGGUUGGCUCACAUUGGGUUGGGGUGGGAUCAGCAAGUGGUCUGGGUUGAAAACCCUCCACUUACUCUUGGUUGUAUGAUUGAGGCUGAUUUGGGUCUUGGGACCUAAGUUUUUAAUAAAUUGAACCAGAUUUC